AUGUUGAGUAUAAUUCAGAAAGAUCCUGAUAUCAAUUCCGAUUCAGAACUUAACAGCACUGUUGUUGCCGCCCAAAUCGAACCUUUUGCUGAUCAGGCCGAACCUAUUGCCGAUCAGGUCGAACCUGUUGUAGUUCCCGUCGAACUUGUUGUCGUUCCAGUCGAACCUGUGCCAGUUGUUCGUCAAACACCUGUUUGCCAGCAACCUGUUCCCGUUCGUCCACGACCCGUCAUUGAAUAUGAACUGGACAACGACGAAGAUCCCGAAUAUGAAUAUUCAUUCACUGCUGAAACCCCAUUAUCUCACAAAACUCAGAUUUUUAAAAAUUAA